UUCUCUUACACUUCCUCCGGCAAUAUCAUUAUCCAUUCAUCAAAAUCAAACCCUCAAUUUUUCACUUUCCGGGAAAAUCUCCCAAUUUUCUCAAGAAAAUUUCCAGUACCUUCUCCUUCAUGAACCCUCCUCUAUAUAGACCUGUCUCUCGCUUCCACAUGUCCUUCAUCUCCCAUUUCUCCUCUUUAUUCUCCCCUUUUCCCGACCUUCAUCCCUCUCCCAUGGCCGCCGCUUGCCUUCCCCUUUCUUCCGAACCAAACUCCUCUCUCAAAAUCCUCAAAUUCUGCCGACCCACUUUCUCCGAUCAUCUUUCUUCCUUACCCAUUUCCCCAAAUCCCCAAAAAACCCACGAUUCUCCUCUUUCCCCUUCCCCUGACUCCGAUCUCUGGUUCUUAAUCCGUCAAGAAGCUCGUUCCGAUGUUGAAGACGAACCCAUUUUGUCAAACUAUUACAUCACUUCUAUUCUCUCUCAUGCUUCCAUGGAGAAGGCCCUGGCGAAUCAUCUCUCGAUUAAGCUUUGUAAUUCUAGUCUUCCGAGUUCGACUCUGUUUCAAUUGUUUUCUGAUGUUUUGACUGAUGAUGGAGGUGACAUUUUGCGAUGUGCGAUUAGGGAUUUGAAAGCGGUUAAAGAAAGAGAUCCGGCUUGUAUUAGUUAUGUGCAGUGUUUUCUGAAUUAUAAAGGGUUUUUAGCUGUUCAAUCGCAUCGAAUCGCUCAUAAGCUCUGGAAUCAAGGGAGGAAAGUUUUGGCGAUGUUGAUUCAAAACAGAGUGUCUGAAGCUUUUGCUGUUGAUAUUCAUCCUGGUGCGAAAAUUGGAUGUGGGAUUUUGCUUGAUCAUGCUACCGGUGUUGUCGUCGGCGAAACGGCGGUGAUCGGAAACGAUGUGUCGAUUCUUCACCAUGUGACUUUGGGUGGUACCGGGAAGGAUUCCGGUGACCGUCACCCGAAGAUCGGAGAUGGGGUACUGAUCGGAGCUGGAACUUGCAUUUUGGGGAAUAUUAAGAUCGGCGAUGGGGCGAAGAUUGGAGCUGGGUCGGUGGUGUUGAAGGAUGUGCCACCGCGGACGACGGCCGUCGGGAAUCCGGCGAGGCUAGUCGGCGGGAAGGUGAAUCCGAUUAAGUUGGAUAAAACUCCAAGUUUCACUAUGGAUCAUACUUCUCAUAUAAGCGAGUGGUCUGAUUAUGUUAUAUAGAGAUUUUUUUUCCCUUUUUUUUAGUUCUUUGUUCUUCAUUUUAUGCCAUUGAAUUGAGAGUUGAAGCUCUAGUUUCUGGUAAUAAUGGCUGAAAGAGAGAGAACACAAAAAGGAUAAUAUAGUUUUUUUUUUUUUAAAAAAAAAAAAUUUAAUUUCUCUUUUGGUAGGAAAAAGAAGGAAUCCCAAUUUGGGAUUGUGGGAGUUGAAUUUUAUAUCCAAUAAAAUAGUUGAAUUUUUCUCUUGGUU